UGUCUGACCGACUAUUGCAUGUAAGGAGCACCUGUUUUUUCCCAUAUUCGUCCAAUAAGGUAUAACACCUUGACCGUGACAGGCGACAGAACCCUUUGAGGCAUCCAAGUUACUGAAACAACUGUCGUUAAGCAUCAAUAUGAAGUUUUUCAUCUUCUUCCUUUCUCAACUGGCCAUUGUCUUGUGUGCCGAGAACAGGACUUUGUUCCAGUACAUCCAGGGUCACAGUGAGUUCAGUAUUCUCGAGGGACUUCUAAACCAAGCCAAUCUCAGUCCUGCACUCAACGGCGCCGGUACGCUCACCAUGUUCGCCCCAACCAAUGAUGCCUUUAAUAAGCUGCCCCCCGCUCUGCUCAGUAACCUACAGGGGGUUGACACGACAGCACUUUCCAACCUUCUUCUAUACCACGUGACAAAUGGUAUCCUGAUCGCACCACUCCUCACCAAUGGCAUGACCGUCACUUCCCUCAACAACAGAACAAUCUACGUCAACAAGUAUCCCAACGGGGCUGUAGUUUUAGAGGGCUCUACAGUUACCGGAGGUGACAUCAUUUUGACGAACGGAGUUCUGCACGCCAUCAAUGCUGUCAUGUUUCCCGCCGUUUUGUCUAUCUCGCAGUACAUGGGGAAAGAUGAGAGCGAGUACAUCGAUCUGUUCUCCGCUCUCGUUUUUACGGGUCUGGAGCCUGCAUUGGCCUCGAGCGGAACAUUCACAGUCUUUGCCCCAAACAACGAUGCUUUCAACCAGCAGAUUGGCAGUCUCCAGUCACUCACCGCCGAUAAGGAUGCUUUCGCAAAUAUACUGAAAUACCACGUGGUCCCCAAGACUCUGUUCUCAGCUGGACUGACGGACGGACAAACGCUGACCACUCUCCAAGGCACUGACCUCACCGUCCACAUUGACAGCACUGGUGUCCACAUCAAUAAUGCUCUAGUCCUGAAGGCCGACCAACCAAUGACCAAUGGAGUCAUCCACCAGAUCGACUCCAUACUCACACCAGUGUAAUUUGUCAGUAAACGUUUUGUACCAAA